GUUGCUACUUGCAAAAAGCAUCUCUGACACGCCAGUGGGAACAAAAGAACGAUCUGAAAAGUGAAGAGCAGGACAGCACUGUCGGUCGUUCACAAGACGAGCUUCAGGGGAAAAUGCGUGCAGCAAAUACCUGAUAAGACAAAAGUUGGGCAAAACUGGUGAUGCGAGAGAGUCCUGUUGGGAACUCAGGUUGGGAGCGAGAGUGCAUGCUGUUGGGAUUCGGGAACCCCGGUUUUAUUAGCAGAUAUUCAAGGCAAGCGCAGAGCAACGAGGAAAAGGACCAUGGCAUUUGCUGGGAUGCUGAGGGACGAGGACAUCCAGGCUGCCGUGCAGGCAUGUCAAGCACCAGGCACAUUCAACUUCAAAACUUUCUUUGCACAAGUGGGACUAGUGGACUCAUCGGAAGCAAACUGGAAAGAUGUGUUCAUAGUCUUGGACCAGGACAGGAGCGGAUUCAUUGAAGAGGAGGAGCUAAAAUUAUUCCUUCAGAAUUUUUCCCCUGGUGCAAGGGAACUGACAGUGGCCGAAACCAAGACUCUGAUGGCGGCGGGGGACAGAGAUGGUGAUGGCAAAAUUGGGAUUGAAGAGUUCUGCCAUCUCCUGAAGUGAAAAGGAUGACCUCCAUUGGCCACGACUGUCUUUUCCUGUGUUCAGUAAUUCCAGUUCACCGUUUCCCAGAAGACAAAAACCUGCUAGGUUCUGAACCUGCUUGCUGCUCUCCUUGUCGGUCGAAAGUCCAGGAAGUGAUCAAUAAAUG